UGUCUGACGGCCUACAGACAGGGGUUGACCCCGGGUUGGAAAAUUUUGUGAUUCUUUUCAUGUAAAAUCGCACAAAUUUUUUUUUUUUGCCCCAAGUGUUUUGUGAAAGAUAUUAUUUAUUUCAAUAAGCAAAUAAAGUUUUUUUUUUUCAUCUAAUGAAUCAACAAUUUGUGGUGUGAUCAGUUUAAUUUUCAAGAAUGUUUUAACAGAAGUGAAUUAUUGAUUCUCAUCGGUCGAGUGAUAUACUACUUUCGUUUCAAGAUAUUUUGUUGAUUCCUUUUAGAAUAAUCCAUUCAAAAGUCAAAAUGAAGGUGGGACUUUUAAAGAAUUUUUUACACUUCUUUACACUUAGACAAGGCACAGUUAUUAUUGCCAAAUUACAAUUGUUAGUUUCUGGAUAUAUCAUAAUAUUUCUUGUCUUGGGUUUGUCACAUGUGACGGGAAUCGAAGUAAUGAUUGUCAGAGAUACUGAGGAUGCUUUAGAAAGAGAAGCACUUGAGGAAAUUACGUCCAAACGUCUUAAUAGCCAAAAAUUGGAACUAGCGCACAAAAAAGCAAUAGACGAAAUGUUUGCAAUGUAUUUUGCACUUGUAUUAACAGUCAUUCAUUUCAUAUCAGCAUUAUUAUUGCUAUAUGGUGCUCUCAUGAACAAUCGAUUUUUAAUGACUCCGUGGAUGAUGAUGAUGAUGACAAUAAUCGUUUCAUUAUUUAUAGCAUUAUUUCAAAUAAAGGACGAUUGUCCUUUUCUUGUUUUAAUAGGAGGGAAAUCUGACAUAACCGAUCGGCUCGUUGUAUUAUUUUGUGCUGUAAUCUCUAUUUAUAUGUGGUAUGUAGUUUAUAGUACAUUCAACAGUCUCGUGAUUAAGAAGGGUAUAAUUCACGAAGUUCAUGAGUCGCAAAUAAAGUAUGCGCUCCCUGUUUCUACUCAAGAGAAGAAGAUGCAUAACAGUAAUGGAAUUCCACAACCAUAUGACGUUUAAAUAUAUAUAUAUAGUGAAAUAUACUAAUAAAAAACGAUUUCACUGAUGAGAAGGUAAAAUUUAAAAAACAUGGAAAAGAGAAAAAACCCCUUAUCAUUCAAUGUCAAUUGACAAUUUAGUGAUUUAGAAAAAGAAUCAUUUUGGUUUGAUUAUUUCUAACGACUUUAAAAAAAAAAAAAUGGUGCUGGGCCUGUGUUCUGAUGAUGAUGGGCCAAUUUUGUUUAAAAUAACUCAUAAAUAUUUACUAUUGCUCCUUCUCACUUGCCUAGUAAAAAUUUAAGUCAGAGGAUAUGAAUUUUUAAAAUGACUUUGCGCUGUGAACAAAAAAACUUUAAAAUAGACUCUUAAAAAUGAAGAUUUUUAUUAUUAUUAAAAAAAUUUAUAUUUUAUGAACUGAGUUUCAUAUAGAAAAAACAAAGUGAUGGAAACUAUACCAAAAUGCAGUAAUCACACAGCUUAUAUUGCAACGUUACCAAAAUAAAAAAAAAAAAUAUUUCAACUCCUAAAUCAAAUUAACUAUAAAUAAAACUACAUAUAAUCGUGAUAGGAUAUUAAAUCCGUACAUCGAAAGAAAAAAAAAUGGAAAUUAGUUAAUUAUUUUUUAAACAAGCGUUAUAUUUCACUAGAUUAUGAAAUUUAUAUCUCCAAUAUAUACCUUUAGUAAACUUGUAAAAUACACUAUCUAUUAAAAUUGAUUUAAUCAGUAAAAUAACAAUUAAGGCAUAAUGGUUUGUAUUUUAUAUUUCAAAAAACACAACGUUCUGUGAAAUUACAAUCUUGCUAUUUUAUGGCAAAGUUCAGUGUAUACACGUGUAUAAUAAAUGUACGGAAACGUCUUUAAAAAUUAAA